AUGAUUGCCUGGGAGAAAAUCACCCAGUUGAUUGUCGGGCGUGCCGCCGCUGAAAAGAGCGAGCACAAGAAACUCGAGAAGAAAUACAAGGAAGCUGAAGCAGCUCUCAAACUCAUCACUGAGGUUGCUCCCGAGCCACUGCCCCAGUGUCUCAGCCGACCUCCAUCGGUCUACAGCGCUGCCAUCUCUGCCAUCUCUGAUGAAUCACGCCAGCCUCGUGAAGGGGUCCUGCACACAGCCCGACGACCCAACUACGAGCGAGCUUCUUCAACUCCUGCAGUGACCCAUGUCACACCUCGCAGGUCGCCAUCAGGCCCACCAGACAUUACCGCUCGCUCUCUCAGCCAAGAGGAAUUGAAGCGGAACUACAGCUGUGACAGCUUCUGGGACACCAAAAUUCACCCUCUCCCUCCAAUGCCAGAAAUGACCGGCUUCGGAAAAUAUCGCCGAGCCGUCAAUGCCUCUCCAGAGUGGCAAUUGGAACACCUUCACAAACAUCUUUACGACAUGAGCGACAUAAUUUGCGGCCAUUUGGGCUCGCAGCCACCUGUUGGCUUGGAUCCCGAGACCUGGAACCAAUACAGAACUCAAUACUCACGAACCACCAGCUUUGUCAGCUCUCGAAGCUCCAUCACAGGCCUAGGAGUCGAUGCAAGCACAGAAUAUCUGGACCCGAUCACUGGUACCAGGAUCACCCGCGGAUUUUCCGCUUCAACCACCUCGAGCGCAGCAAGCUCUUUCAAAGAUGGCUCAAUUACCUUCCGCCGUGGCUCCAGUUACUCCAAAUCAAGCAUGGCUAGCCCCAUCUCCGAUGGCGAUGCAAAGGGCAGCCGAAGACCAAGCCGAAAUUCCUCAUAUCAUACCAGCAUUACCUCAAUGAGCCAUUUGGCCGCCAUCAGCGAAACACAAGAACCAUUCCCCAACUUCGGUCGCAAGAUCCAAAAACCCUGCGAGUUCGACGCAAACGGAAACACUGAAAAUGCGGUUGCUUCCGACGAAGACGACGAACUCGAGUGGGAAGACAUGCUUGAAGUUGGCGGAGCCAUCAUCGGCAACCUCACUAAACGACUUGACCGAACAUCAUCAUCUCGCACUAUGCCACACAUCAAGCCCGCAUUGACUCGCCCACGCACAAAGAGACAGAGAUCCAACACUGUGCGCCGAGUUCACCUGGUGGACAACCGCCACUAA